AUGACGUCCCAACAUGAGGUAAAAAAGAACCCUGGGAAACCAUCUGGACCUGGCACGCUGUCGGCUAGGAUUGCAAACACAGCCUCCUUCACCUCUUCCAGGUUGGGGGGGCUCAAUAGGAAAGAGUUCCUGUUGUCUAUGAUGAGGGGGUAUGCAGUCAAGGAGGCCUGGUGGUGUUUGGGUGGCCCUGGAUGUGAAGAGAUCAUAGUAAAAUCUAACAGCCUCAUCACCAAGCAACAACAACAGAAAGAGAAACGUUUUGAAAGAGAUGCCACCUUUGCUGAGGGGGAAGGGAAAGGUAGUGGGAAUGGGGAAGGGGGUGGUCAAGGGGGAGAUAGAGGGAAGGGGGAUAAUGGUGGGAAGAAUAUUGGGGAUGGGAAAGGUAGUGGGAGUGCGAAUGGGAAAGAGGAGAAUGGCAGAGAAGGCAAGGGAAAAGGGGAUGGGAAGAAAAUUGAAAAUGGGAAUGGAAAUGGUAAUGGCAAUGGAAAUGGUAACCGGAAUGGAAGCGGUGAUGGAAAUGGAAACGGUAAUGGGAAUGGAAACGGCAAUGGGAACAGGAAUGGAAAUGGGAAUGGGAAUGGCAAUGGAAAUGGGAACGGGGAUGGCAAUGGGAAUGGGAAUGGGAAUGGCAAUGGCAAUGGGAAUGGGAAUGGUAACGGUAACAGUGAUGGGAAUGGGAAUGGAAACGGCAACGGCAAUGGGAAUGGGAAUGGAAACGGAAAUGGGAAUGGGAACGGGAACGGAAACAACAAUGGGAAUGGGAAUGGGAACGGGAAUGGUAACGGGAAUGGGAAUGGAAAUGGGAACGGAAAUGGAAAUGGAAAUGGGAAUGGGAAUGGAAAUGGAAAUGGAAAUGGGAAUGGUAACGGGAAUGGGAAUGGGAACGGCAAUGGUAAUGUAGACAACUCAGCUACGAACUACAGGGUGCUUCCCCCAAUAACAAAAACGGGGCAAGAGCAAGCAGUGUGCCUGGGGCAGGGCUGUCACCUACAGACACUCCGGUGCCCCACCCAGUGCACUCAGAGGAAGCCCAGGGAUGCAAAAAAGAGGAAGGGCUGUUUCAUCGAUUGCAACAAGUGCGAAACCACUUGCAAAUUUAGGAAGCCCAACUGCUCGGGGUACGGAUCAGUGUGUUAUGACCCUAGAUUCAUCGGCGGUGAUGGCGUGAUGUUCUAUUUCCAUGGGGCCAAGGGAGGAGACUUCGCCUUGGUGUCUGACGAUCGGCUACAGAUCAAUGCCCACUUCAUUGGGAACAGGCCACAGGGGAGGACCCGUGACUUCACAUGGGUUCAAGCGAUUGCGGUCAUGUUUGACUCACACACAUUGGUUGUUGCUGCCCAAAAGGUCACCAAGUGGAACGACAACAUGGACGCCCUCAUGGUCCGUUGGGAUGGCAAGGAUGUCAUAAUCCCCACUGAUGGAGAGGCCGAGUGGCGAAUCUUGAGCGACAAGGUAAGAGGUAGAGGAGUGUUAGUCGAGAGAACUGACAUGUUCAACAGCGUUAGGGUGACAAUUGCUGGGCUGAUGGAGAUGGUUGUGAAAGUGACGCCCAUCGGAGAAGUAGAGAACCGAGUGCACAACUAUCGGUUGCCUGAAGACGAUGCAUUCGCACAUUUGGAGACACAAUUCAGCUUCACCGGUUUGACAGACAUGGUUGAGGGGGUACUGGGCCAGACUUACCGUCCCAAUUACAUCAGCCCUGUCAAGAUUGGUGUCCCCAUGCCGAUGAUGGGGGGCGAAGACAAGUACCGCACCAUGUCCUUCCUUUCUCCUCAGUGCGCCACAUGUAGGUUCCAGCCACAACUUCCUGCAAUUGGAGUAACAGAUAAGUCGGGCCUGAUCGGCGUGGCUUAGUACUAAUAAGACUGUUUCUUGUUUGAAUAAUGAUCUUGUUU